AUGAGCACAGAGGUUGCUGGCAAGGGGACCUCUCCUGCCCCGCCUCUCCUUGGGCUUCUGGUUUCAACCACUGAGCUGGUCCCACCCAGUCCCACAUCCCCUGAGAAGGCAGACCCAGUAUCCAUCAUCAUUGCGCUUGUCUGCAUCUUCGUCCUCCUGGCGACCUUCCUCAUCUUUGUCACCCUCUGCAAGCUGGGGGCACUGGACGGGUCCUGCUCCAGCCCCCACGAGUGCAUGCCCCAUCACCCGGCAGAUGCCAGCGAGCCCCAGCUGAGGCUCUGGAAGCGGCUGGGCUCCCUGCAAUGCUCCAUCAACACCUUCAGGAGAAGUCAGCCAGUGUCCCACAGCCAACUUGCCCACCCCAGGAGCCCACCUGCCAGCCAGGACUGGGACAUCAUGGAGUCCACCAAAAUGUGA